GUUCUCGCCUCUCUCUCUUUCUCUCUCUCUAAAAUAAUAAAUCACUGUGACAAGAACUUUCAAGACUCACACCCUUUCCCAGCCACGUGCGUCUCCUCUUAUAAAUUCAACACAUUCUUACUCCCUCACAAAAAAACACACACACAAACUGCACAAAACACACACUCAAAACUCUCACAUUGCUUCUAUAUUUUUCUAAGAUGAGGGGUUCUAAAUUUUCUGUGGUACUUUUGAUCUGCUUGUUGCAGCUCUUCUUGUUACUCGAACCAUCUGAUGGGUCAUCAGUGCUUCCCUUCGUGGAACGCUCUCCGUGUGGUGGUCUGUGGUCGGAUCCUUUCCCGGAUCCGUUCCGGAUGCUGGAACAUAUACCUCUUCGGUUGGAGCGGGACGAAAGUGUGGCCGUUGCCGCGGCGAGGGUUGACUGGAAGGAGACUCCGGAGGCUCACCUCAUCAUGCUGGACGUGCCGGGCCUUAAGAAGGAGGAGCUGAAGAUCGAGGUGGACGAGAACCGCGUGCUGCGUAUCAGCGGAGAGAAGAAGAGGAAAGAGGAGGUGGAAGGGGAUAAGUGGCACCGUGUAGAGAGAUUAUAUGGUAAGUUCUUGAGGCAGUUCCGGUUGCCGGAAAAUGUGGACUUGGACUCCGUCCAGGCCAAGCUUGAGAAUGGCGUGUUAACUAUGUCAAUUGUCAAGUUGUCACCGGAUAGGAUCAUGGGUCCCAAGGUUGUUAACAUUGCCGUCGGAGAAGAACAACCACAUGCCAAGUUGGACGCCAAAGCUAACAAGGAGACCAAGCAAGAGCUAUAAGUUUUUUGUUUUUUUUUUUUUUUUUGUUUUUGUUUUUUGGUGUGUAUGGUGUCUAUGUGUAUCCCAGUGAGACUCCCAAGCUUACUUCUUGCGAAGAUAUGUAGAGCCAUGUUAUCUAUUGGGUGAAAAUUGAAUAAGAUUUGCAUCUUUCUUCACCAAUUAAACGGGAAGCAAACGUUUAUAUAAUUAAAGUAUAAACAAAAUGGUAAACAAUUUUUCCACCAUUCAUUUUGAUUAUUAUGAAAAAAAUAAGUCACAUUUUAGUGAAGAUAAUUAAUUUCGAUGAUUAUUUAAAAAAUAAUAAUAAUUUAUUAGAUAUUAUAUGGAAUAUUUGAAAUCGGGGCUUUCGAGGAACUUGCUAUGAAAUAAAUUGUAGGGGGAAUUUUUGAAAUAAGGACUUCCAAAAUGGUUCUGCUGGUUAACUCUUAUCAUCCUUUUUUUUUUUUUUUUUUUUUUUUUUGUGUUUGUUUAAGUGCUCUAUCAUUAAUCAUUCUAUAAGCAAUUAAUUUUUGUUACAUGAAGUAUUAGCUAAAAUUACAAUUGAAAAAAUAUAAACAAAAGAAUAGAAAUAUUAUUGGCAGUACCCGCAUCUCUUUAGUCAAUUUAGUUUUUUAUACAAGAUCAUUUAGUGUUUUUUUUUUUUUAAUUAUUGAGAUAGGUGUGAAUUCUAUAUAUUCGUUUCUGGAUCCAUUCUGCUCGAGCAAGAAUCAAAAUAUAAAAAUUUGGUUCAAUUAGAAAAAUUUUAAUCGGUAAAUUGAAUUUAGGAACUCGUGCAACAAAAAAAAAAAAAAAAAAAAAAAAAUCCUCAAUUUACUCCCCUAUUGUUCAAAAAAAUUCCUACCGACAAAUCAUAAUUAAUCAUACUUUAUCAUUAAAAAAAAAAAAAAAAAAAGGGUAAAAUGUCAAAAUUAUCUUUAAAUUCAUAUAUGAUUUAAUAGUUUUCCUUCUAACAUAACAAUACUCUGCAUAAUAUGAUAUAUAUAUAUAUACACACACACACACAUACAUAUUGUCUC